AUGAGCCUCUGGGCUGUCUGGUCUUUUUUGGGCCUGGGCUUUGACCCCGGUACUGCCAACUAUUUCCGACGUUACGUCGAGGGCGACUUUGAUCGGUUGCUCUUGGAACGACACCAAGUGGAUGAGCGGCAGCCCCUCCUGUCACAGGUGGGAUCGUCGCAGGGGUCGGCCUCUGAUCGUGCACAGUUUGUGCAGAACCGCCACCAUGCG